AUGAGCAAGUACCUGGAGAUGUACGCGCAGUGGUAUGCGGAAGAAAACAAGAACAAAUUUGUAGGAUUGGAUCUCGAGUACACUGCGGAGGACCCCAACCACGAACUAGAAAACUACCUCGCCGUCGUUAAACUCUGCAUGAAGAACCACAUCCUCGUCUGCCACUCUUCCUGGACCAACGGGGAACGUAAGGCGCUGCGCUCAUUCCUUCAACAUCAAGGAAUUGUGUUCUGCACCGUUGAAAAGAGACAAGAUUUUUUAAAGUUAUAUUACGAGGAUAUUAUAAUUCAAAGUAAGAACUGGAUCGAUAUCCAAGAAUUGGUCAACGUCAAAGGUCGCAACGAUAGAGGAUAUUUAAUGAGGGAUGGAAUGGCUAGUCUUGCAACUAGAAUCAUCGACGAGUCGUACAACGACAUGAAGAACAAAUUCCCUGCAGAGAGGCACAAUUACUGGGAAGAGCGGCCGUUGUCUGAUUUAAACCUGGAGUAUGCAGCUAAAGAUGCUUACGUGAGCUACCAGCUCUACUUUAAGAUAUGGUUCUUCCUGCGUUACCUUGUGUUUUGCCCCGGUUGCAAGAAGGAAGACAUGCUGAGGGGACCUCUGUGUUACAAAUGCAAGGCAGCAGAGAAAGAAGCUGAACAUGCACAGAAAAAUGCUGUAGCUGAAAUAGCAAGGUUAAAUGCUGAACUUGCAAGCGUGCAGGCUGAACUAGCAAGCUUGAAGGCACCAGCUUCCAGCGACAACACCCAGCAGGCAAGUCCCCCUCAUGGCAUGCGGAGGAAGAGGAAUGAUGAUCAGUGGCUGGAGAGUACUGAUGCGAGGAAGAGUAGUGAUUAUUGGCGGAGGAAGUGGACUGAUGAUGAGCAGAAGAGUGAUGAUCCGUGGAUGACGGAGAAGAGUGAUCAGUAG